AAAAAAUGUUUUCUUUUGUAUCGGCGCUAAGUAUAAACCACUUCUUCCUUUUCACAUUGGCCAAACAAGAGAAGAGAAGCAACAUCCUUCUUUCUAAAAAAAGAACUUAUCAGAUUCAUCUCAAACUCCUUCUUCAGAGAUUGAUUUCUCACAUUAUUAUUACUAUCAACCAACUUGGCAUCAUCUUCUUCUUCAAGAUCUCAAACUCUGUUUCUCUCUAAGAAAAAGAAAGAAAAAAAAAAAAAAAAACGUCUCUUUCAAUCUCUUCGUCUACCUACUGGUUACUGUGGUUAGUAUAGUGCGUCUUCACUGUCUUCCUCUUCAUAUAAUUUUGUUUUAUCACAGCUUCAUUCUCUGAAAUUCUUAUAGUAACCCACUCAACUCAAGGAGCUUUUUUUUUUUCCUUCAAACUCAACAAUCUUGGGUCCCAUUUAUCAAGAGCUUAAAGUCUCUGUUUUUUAAUGGUCAAUCUUUACUGUAAUACCCUCCACAUAUCUUUCUUCUUCGAAAGUUCAGUUCGCUUUUUUUUUUAUCUCUGAAGAUAAUAAAUCAAAUUUUUUUUUUGUCAACAACACUAUUUAAUUUCUUCAGAGUCAAUUUGUUGAUACUUGGUGGUGAUUUGAUAUAACUGUUUUGGAUUUUUGGGGAUGAUGUUGAGAUGAAAGCAGAGUCUCUUUCCUUGUAUCUUGUUGUUGGAUUUUGAACCAGACACAAAAAAAAAAAGAUGCUUCGACCUCUGCUUUUGUCUCUCUCUCUAGUCUUCUUCUUUGCGUUUCAGUUCGUUGUUUCAGAGAUUCAACUGGGUUCUAAGCUCGUUGUUGGUGAAAACACCUUGUGGGUAUCAAACAAUGGUGAUUUUGCUCUAGGGUUUUUCAACCCACCCGGUUUGCCUAACCGGUUUAGUAUCGGUAUCCGGUUUAACUCCGAUUAUAUCCCUUCUGAUCAGCGUAAGGUCGUUUGGGUUGCUGGAGCUGUUGUUUACGUUACUGAUAACACUUCCUACUUCGAGCUCACUAGUAAUGGAGAAUUGGUUUUGUUUGAUUCUUCUUUGGGUGUUCCGGUUUGGAACAGCAAGACAAACCGGUUCUCUGUAUCCUCUGCUUUGCUUCGUGACGAUGGUAAUCUCGUGUUGUUGAAAGAUAGAGAAGAGAUUGUUUGGCAGAGCUUUGAUACUCCUGCUGAUACUUUGCUUCCAAACCAAAAGUUACCUUCUUUUGAGAUGCUUAGAGCUGCUAGUGAGAAUUCUAGGUCGAGCUAUUACAGUCUUCAUUUAGAGGAUUCAGGGAGGUUACAGCUGAGAUGGGAGAGUAACAUUACUUUCUGGUCAAGUGGAAACGAAGCUUUGAAGAAGAAGAAGAAGAUUGGUGCUGUGCUUACCUCUGAGGGAGCUCUGUUUCUUGAGGAUCAAGAUCUGAUGAGACCUGUUUGGUCUGUGUUUGCGGAAGAUCAUAACGACACUGUCAAGUUCAGGUUUCUCAGGCUUGACCGGGAUGGUAAUCUGAGAAUGUAUUCCUGGAACGAGGAUUCAAGGAUUUGGAAACCGGUUUGGCAAGCUGUUGAGAAUCAGUGUCGUGUUUUCGCAACUUGUGGAUCACAAGUUUGUUCCUUUAACAGUUCAGGAUCCUCUGGAUGCACUUGCCCUUUUAACGCUUUUGUAUCGCUCUCGGAUCCUAAAUGCUUGGUGCCUUAUCAGAAGCCAACCUGCAAAUCUGGUUACCCCAUGGUGAAGUUCAAGAACUUUGAGUUGUAUGGAAUCUACCCUGCUAAUGAUUCUGUUGUUUUUGGAAUUAGCUCCCAGAGAUGCAAGAAGGUGUGUUCAGAUGAUUUUGCUUGUACUGCAGUCACUUACACGAACGAUGGGAAUCCUCAAUGUCGCAUGAAGCUGACUCGUUAUAUCAGCGGUUACUCUGAUCCGUCUGUGAGUUCGAUAUCAUAUGUGAAAACAUGUUUGGAUCCCAUUGCUGUUAAUCCAAACGUUUCUAAAGAGUCACCACCAGUCACUGUACCGAAGUCUCACAGUAUCUGUCUUCCUUGUCUUAUCGGUGCAACUUCCACUACACUUGUUCUGUUUCUCGGGUUUCAGCUUGGUGUUGUUGUGUACAUCUACCAGAGGAAGAAGCAGCUAGCUAAGAAGAAAGCUGAUCGAUUCUCCAAAGCUGCAAAUCCCAAAGGUGUGAUGAUCUUCUCUGUCGAUGAGAUAAAGGCCAUGACCGGUAACUUUGAUCAUAACAUAGGACCAGGGAUAUUCAAAGGGGUUAUGCCGGAGAAUGAACUUGUUGCGGUUCAAGAAAUGAAAGCGACGUUAAUAGAAGAAAGGAAGUUUAGGAGCUCUGCAUCAAAGAUAGGUACAAUGCAUCACAAGAACUUAGCAAAGCUUGAAGGUUAUUGCUGCGAGCUAGGCAGGAGAUUUCUUGUGUAUGAAUACGCUAAGAACGGGUCAAUACUGGACCACAUUGUUGACCCUUUACGAAGCAAGAAACUAACUUGGAGAAUAAGAACUGAAACCUGCUUAAGCGUGGCUAAAGCUCUUUGUUACCUCCACACAGAAUGCAGGGAAUUCGUCAGUCAUGGGAACUUGAACUGUGGAAACAUUCUGCUCGGGGAGGAUUUGGAAGCUAAGUUAACUGAAUAUGGAUUCGGUUUAUGUGCUGCAAAUAAAGACGUUGAAGAUUUUGGGAAGACGGUUUUAGCUCUAGUAACGGGUAGAUAUGAACCAGAAGGAGUAGUGAGUGAAUGGGUGUAUAGAGAAUGGAUUGAAGGGAGGAAAGAGACCGUUGUGGACAAAAUAUUAGAAGGAGAUUUCGAUGUAGAGGAGCUCGAGCGGGUUUUGAGAAUCUCGUUUUGGUGUGUUCAGGCGGAUGAACGGUUAAGACCAUCAAUGGGGGAAGUGGUGAAGGUUUUAGAAGGUACAUUGUCUGUUGAUCCACCACCACCGCCUUUUGCUUGUGCAAGAUCAUCACCGACUAACUCGUCAGAGUCUAGUCAAUCGUUGUACGAGCCAUAAAGGCUCUUAAGUGAAUGAAGUGUGUAUAGUUUGAGGAUCUGAUUUAACAACAAUUGUAGUAGUGAAGGCUGAUGAUUCUUGUUUCAAUUUUUGUAAGGUCUUCUUAGCUUUGAUCUUUGAGUCUGUGAAAGGAAGUGUCUUUUGCUGAAUAGCUGAAGCAGUGUUCUGUUGCAUCUUUAAUGGACCUCAAAGCGUUCAUGGGCUUGUCGUGUGGACUCGUUAGUCCCACCAUGAUAAUCAAAGUAAAUAAAGCUCUGAGAAGUUUAAAGAGAAGCUUUGUUAGUUACUACUACUACUGCACGUCACUCCACGCGUUUGUUUUGGCAGAUUCUAAAGUCUUUUGUACAAGUGUCUGUACUGGUGGAGCAGGACCAUGUUCAGGACAGAACCAUUAGUGGGCUUACACGAAUCUUCC